AUGUCUAGUCAUCUCCUUGAUCCCUUCAAAACUCCCACGAAACGACAACCUGCGACUUUUGUAACUAGACAUCUAGGUGCUACCAACAACAAUCCUCCACAAGCAACAGUAUGGACAACCUCCACCUCUCAGCAACAGCCUCCCGAUCAAGAAUUAUCCUUUGUCGAUGAUUUAUUGGAAGUUCACGACGAUGACUCUCUUCUCAAUCAAAGUAUUCAUCUCGAUCAAGAUGCUCCACCAACACCCAAACAUGAGACACCUUGUUAUGUGACUCAUCGUUUGACUGAAAAGGAAAUUACUCAAUCCUCUCAUACAAACACUGUGUUGGAAUUGAGUAAGCUGAUUUCAUACUUACAAUCGGAGGAUCACGGUCGAAAAGGAAGGAACUUUUCAGUGGAUUUGAGUCAUCAAAUGGUCUUGUUGUUUGUGGUGUUGGUGGCUUUGUUUGGAGUGUGGAUGGCAUCGUCGUAUCGACCAUUUUGCAGUUCAUCUUCUUCGUGGUAUCCAUGUCGACAAUGUCCUCCUCAUGCCGUCUGCAGCACUUUCCGAAUUGAAAGUUGCUAUCAAUCUCCCAACGCAGAAUUCAAUUAUACCAUUCACGAAAAUGGUCAACUCUGCAUUCGAAAUGACAGCACUGGAUUAUUGAGCUAUCAACUCUCUGUCACUGCCAAAGAUUAUCUCGAAAAUCUUGCUUACAAAGUCGAUUGUCUUGGAAAAGCCAAUGUCACAAAGAAAGUUUCUAGACAUUCCAUGGAAGAUUAUCUUGUUUCAUAUCUAGUUGCACAUUCAUACGAUCAUUAUGGUCACAUGAAUCAUCCAGAACAACAACAACAUAUUGGAGUAGAUUCCACUUUCACACAUGCAUUCAAUACCAUGCUUGAACUUUUUGAGGAAAAUGAAUACUUGUAUCGAAUUGCAGUGGAGGGAGAUUACAUGCAUUCGUAUCGAUUUCAAAGUAGUGGAUCUUGUCUUUUAGCUAAACAACAUUUUCAACGAUUUACUGUUCCUAAAGAACAAUACUUGACUGUUGUGGAAAGUGAUGAAGAAAGUUCAACAACAGUGUCACCAGCAACAACAUUAUUCACAUCAGAAACAACUACCACUCCAACAAAUGAAGAAAUUCCUACUGUUACCACUCAGAGCAGCAGCACAUCAAACAUUGUAAAUGAAGAACCACCUGUAGAAGUAUUGUCAAAUUCUCAAACAGAAGAAGAAGCCCUCCCUCAAGAAGAAAUUUUCUAA